GGUGCUGGUGAGGGCGUGGGCGGUCGUGGCCUGUGCCAGAUUUCCUCGGUUAGCUUCGGCCGCAGCCUCCGCCCCCGCCUUCCUGCGGCGAAGUGGGGCUGAUUGGCGCCUGCGCCACCGUGUGCGGUGGGGAAGCGGCCAAGCGUCGGGCUGGGGCGGGAGACGAGGGGAAACAGAGUCACGUUGGAAAGGAAGGGAGCUUCGUGCGUGGGUGGCACUACUUUCUCUGGCUUCCAGAAAGAAUCCCGUCCCUGGCCACGCGCUAGGGACUUGGCCCCGUCACUCUCCACAGAGUCAGCACCCCUCUUCUUCCCCCCCUUGCUGUGCCCAGGGGUCCCGCCCUGGCUGCCUGCAGCCUCGACCUGUCCCAAAAUGGCUAGAACCCAUUCCAGCGGUCUCCUUCCCACCCCUCCCCCUCACAUCCCAAGCCCCUAAAGUGCUCCCUCCACGGGCUCUCCACAGUGUCAGCUUACAAGCCUUAUAUAGUCUGAGCAGGCUCCAGCGGCCUGCUGGGACCCGGAGAAGGAGGGGGAGUUGGCCCCUGACUCACCCUGCCGCCCUCCUGAGAUUCCAGGUUAGCUUGGGCCAAGCAGUGCCAAUUAGUCCCACAGCCCACCCCUGGAGGAGAAAAGAAGUCGAACUUGAUGAGGACUUUCCUCACCCUGCCGGUAGCAGGGGGCAGGGUGGAGAACUUGCCUGUUGCCUGUGAGGUCUGCCUGCCAGGAGCCCCGCCAAACCCGACGAGAUACCUGCCUCCCAGUGCCUGUGUGUGCUGAGCAGCCGCCUGUGCUUUCUGGAACAGACACCAUGGAUUCCUUCAAGGUAGUGCUGGAGGGACCAGCACCUUGGGGUUUUCGGCUGCAAGGGGGCAAGGACUUCAAUGUGCCCCUCUCCAUCUCUCGGCUCACUCCUGGGGGCAAAGCUGCACAGGCUGGCGUGGCUGUGGGAGACUGGGUGCUGAGCAUCGAUGAUGAGAACGCAGGGAACCUCACACACAUUGAGGCCCAGAACAAGAUCCGUGCCUGUGGGGAGCGCCUCAGCCUGGGUCUUAGCAGAGCCCAGCCUGUUCAGAGCAAACCACAGAAGGCCCUGACCCCUCCCGCCGACCCCCCGAGGUAUACUUUUGCACCAAGCGCCUCCCUCAACAAGACGGCCAGGCCCUUUGGGGCACCCCUACCUACUGACAGCACCCCGCAGCAGAAUGGGUGCAGACCCCUGACAAGUCAACAGUUGCUCAGACAGCUGGUCCCCAAUGCCAGCAAGCAGCGGCUGAUGGAGGAUACAGAAGACUGGCGGCCACGGCCGGGGACAGGCCAGUCCCGCUCCUUCCGCAUCCUUGCCCACCUCACGGGCACAGAGUUCAUGCAAGACCCGGAUGAGGAAUACAUGAAGAAGUCAAGCCAGGUGCCCAGGACAGAAGCCCCAGCCCCAGCCCCAGCCUCAACUAUACCCCAGGAACCCUGGCCUGGCCCCACCACCCCCAGCCCUACCAGCCGCCCACCCUGGGCCGUGGACCCUGCAUUUGCUGAGCGCUAUGCCCCAGACAAAACUAGCACAGUGUUGACCCGGCAUAGCCAGCCAGCCACACCCACGCCUCUGCAGAACCGCACCUCCAUAGUGCAGGCCGCAGCUGGAGGGGGCGCAGGAGGGGGCAGCAAUAAUGGCAAGACUCCCAUCUGCCACCAGUGCCACAAGAUCAUCCGGGGCCGCUACCUGGUAGCGCUGGGCCACGCAUACCACCCUGAAGAAUUUGUGUGCAGCCAAUGUGGAAAGGUUCUGGAAGAGGGUGGCUUCUUCGAGGAGAAGGGGGCUAUCUUUUGCCCCUCCUGCUAUGAUGUGCGCUAUGCACCCAGCUGUGCCAAAUGCAAGAAGAAGAUCACUGGAGAGAUCAUGCAUGCUCUGAAGAUGACCUGGCACGUGCAUUGCUUCACCUGCGCUGCCUGCAAGACACCCAUUCGCAACAGAGCCUUUUACAUGGAGGAAGGGGCGCCCUACUGCGAGCGAGACUAUGAGAAGAUGUUUGGCACGAAAUGUCGAGGCUGUGACUUCAAGAUUGAUGCUGGAGACCGCUUCCUGGAAGCUCUGGGCUUCAGCUGGCAUGACACAUGCUUUGUUUGUGCAAUCUGUCAAAUCAACCUGGAAGGAAAGACCUUCUACUCCAAGAAGGACAAGCCCCUUUGCAAGAGCCAUGCCUUCUCCCACGUCUGAGUGCCUUCCACAUACUGUUGCUGCCCCACCCUGCCUGAGGGGUGAGAAAUCGAGAGUGAUCACCCUCAACAUUUCUGGGUAGGGCUGACAGUGGUUGUCCCAGCCCCGACUCCUGGCCAGAUCCUGGGGUUCCCUGAAUCCUGUUUCACCUUCUUCACAAUCCCCUUACUUCACUUCCUCCACCACCGUCACUCAUUGGUGCUGGCCAUACUAGGUCCAGUUCCAGUGCCACAAUAAACCUGUAUCUAGCUGUCUGCCUCCCCCUU